GUAGGACGGGUUCUGUUCGGCUGGGUUUCUCCUCUGCAGAACAUGGAGGGCGGCUCGGUCCGCAGAUAAACACCCUGACCAGUCAUGACGCCACGACGGACCUGGUUUCCACCGGCUCAGUGUCAGGAAAGCGACGCUCCGGUUCCGGACCAGGACAGACAGAAGCACUGGGCUGAGCUCUUCGAUCAGCUGGACCUCAACAAAGAUGGACACAUUGACAUGUUGGAGCUGCGGGCGGGGCUGGCGGCCCAAGGCCUCUCCAGGGGCUCCUUGGAGAGGAUUGUGGAGGCCGGCGACACCAACCAGGAUGGAGUGCUGGACUUUGAGGAAUUCAUUCAGUAUCUCCAAAACCACGAAAAAGAACUAAAACUCAUGUUUCGCCAUCUGGACAGCAACAACGAUGGUCGAAUAGAUGCAGCAGAGAUCCAAGACUGCCUGCGCACCAUCGGUGUGAAUAUUAGCUUAGAGGAAGCCAACAGGAUUCUGCUAAGUAUGGAUAAGGACGGUAACAUGACAAUCGACUGGAACGAGUGGCGAGACCACUUCCUGUUGAACCCCCUCACUAACAUGGAGGACGUGGCACACUACUGGAAGCGUUCAAUUAUGUUGGAUACAGGUGAACAGCUGAUGGUCCCAGAUGAUUUUUCAGAAGAGGAGAAGAAAUCAGGUUUUGUGUGGCGGCAGCUGAUGGCUGGAGCUGUGGCUGGAUCUGUGUCACGGACUGGAACCGCCCCAUUAGACCGGCUCAAAGUCUUCCGGCAGGUCCACGGUUCCUCUGAUUUUAAAGGAAAUGUGCUGAGCAGUUUUCGGUACAUGUUGAAAGAAGGAGGUCCGUGGUCGCUGUGGAGGGGAAAUGGAAUGAACGUUCUGAAAAUCGCUCCUGAGACUGCAGUCAAGUUCACAGCUUAUGAGCAGAUCAAGAGUGUGAUGCGUGGCAGUAAUGAAACCAGAACUCUGAGGAUUCAUGAGAGGUUUGUUGCUGGUUCUUUGGCCGGAGCAACAGCUCAAACUAUCGUCUAUCCGAUGGAGGUGUUAAAGACCCGUCUGACUCUGAGGAAAACUGGUCAGUACUCAGGAAUGGCAGACUGUGCCAAACAGAUCCUGCAGAGGGAGGGUGUCACCGCCUUCUACAAGGGUUAUGUCCCCAACCUGCUGAGUAUCGUCCCAUACGCUGGCAUCGACCUGGCAGUCUAUGAGACUCUGAAGUUUACGUGGCUCAACAGGAACAGAGGUGUGGUCGACCCGGGGGUGAUGGUUUUGGUUGGAUGCGGUGCUUUCUCCAGCACUUGUGGACAGCUGGCGAGUUACCCCCUGGCGCUGAUCCGUACACGCAUGCAGGCGCAAGCGUCUCUGAAAGGAGCCCCAAAACUCUCCAUGCUGUCGUUGCUGCACAACAUCGUGACCCAGGAGGGCGUCACUGGCCUUUACAGAGGAAUUUCCCCCAACCUGCUGAAAAUCGUCCCGGCCGUCAGCGUGUCUUACGUGGUGUACGAAUACAUGAGGAUAAUGCUGGGAGUGGACAUCGAGGGUAGGAGGGGAGGAGGGAGGGGCAGAGAAAAGAGAAAUGCUUUGCAGUGACUUCUACCUGUGAGCACGUGCACAUCUGCUGCGAGUGCA